AUGUCUCUGUUCUCUUACCCUCUCUGUCUCCGCUUCUUCACUCUCAUCUCUACAACCCCUCCUCCAUCCUCCGCCCAACGACACCCCAACAUCUCCGCGUUUUCCUCCUUAGCCUCACCGUGGAGUCCUGGCCUGGACCAAAUCCUCCUCUCUCCAAACACCACGUUUGCCGCUUGGUUUCAACCUCUCCCCACCUCUCCAAACCUCUAUAACUUCUCAGUUUGGUACCAUGACAUCUCUGAAACCACCAUAGUCUGGUCCGCCAACGACAACUUACCGGUCAACCGCUCUUCCACUCUCUCCAUCACACGCUCCGGCGUGCUCCAAUUAAGCUAUCCUUCCGACCGAAACUUAUGGCCUUCAAAACCCACCGGGAAAAACACCACCAAACUCACCCUUCGUGAUGAUGCAGAUUUUGGUGCUACCCGAUUGAGAAGAUUGACUCUUGAUGAAGAUGGAAAUCUCAUACUAUAUAGUUUUGAUCCAAAUUUGGGUCAAUGGACUGUUGUUUGGCAAGCAAUGAAUCAACUGUGUAGAAUACGUGGUACGUGUGGUCCUAACUAUAUAUGCCUGUACGAUGGUUUGAACUCUACUUCUUGCUUAUGCCCGCCGGGGUUCCAGCCCGUUUCUGGUGACGGCAAAGAAGCUUGCGAAAGGAAAAAUCCGUAUGAUGGUAGGCUGUAUUGUGAGCUGCUAUUGGAGAGGCUACUAUUUGGGUACUGGUCUCCUGGUACGGAAAUGGCCACGUUUCUUCGGGUGGGUAGAUCCGAUACCAACGAAUCCAUCUUUACCGGGUGGACAGAUGUGCUCGAGACAACAUGUCCGGUUCGGGUCAGCCUUCCCCACCCGCCAGAGGAGCCCAACACCACAACCCGGAAUAUUGUGCUAAUAUGUACUCUUUUUGCAGCGGAGCUUAUUAGUGGAGUUAUUUCCUUUAGGGCAUUUGUCAAGAAGUACAUAAAGAAUAGGGACAUGGCUCAAACCCUUGGGCUUGAACUUUUGAGAGCGGGUGGGCCAAAACAGUUCGGGUAUGCGAAGCUUAAAGUUGCUACCAAUGAUUUCUCCAAAUAUAACAUUAUUGGAAAAGGUGGGUUUGGGGAUGUUUAUAAACGAGAAUUGAGUGAUCACCGGGUAGUAGCAGUUAAGUGCUUGAAAAAUGUUGCUGGCGGUGAUGCUGAAUUUUGGGCUGAGGUCACAAUUAUUGCCCAAAAGCACCACCUGAAUUUGGUAAGGCUAUGGGGUUUUUGUGCUGAAAAGGCUCAAAGGAUACUAGUUUAUGAGUUUGUGCCUAAUGGUUCACUAGACAAGUGCCUGUUUCAAAGUGUUGGAUCUUCAGAAACCCAACAACAAAUGGCUCCAAAUUUGGAGCGUAAACCGAUACUUGAUUGGAACAUCCAAUAUCGAAUUGCUCCGGGAGUGGCAAGAGCAAUUGCUUAUUUGCAUGAAGAGUGCCUAGAGAUUCGAGCGACCCGGGGAUACAUGGCGCCUGAAUGGAUCAAAAUAGAUCAGAUCACAUCAAAAGUUGACGUUUACAGUUUUCGAAUGGUGUUGCUGGAAAUUGUGAGUGGGGUAAGGAAUGUUGAGAUACAAAGCUCAAAAACAAAUGGUGAGGAUUGGUAUCUACCUAGGUGGGCAUUUAAUAAGGUCUUCAAGGAAAUGAAGUUGGAGGACAUUUUGGACCAUCGGAUCAAACAAAGUUAUGAUAAUCGGAAUCAUUUUGACAUGGUUAAUCGGAUGGUGAAGACCGCAAUGUGGUGCGUUCAAGAUCGACCCGAUAUGAGGCCAUCAAUGGGGAAGGUAGCUAAAAUGCUAUAA